GGGGGCCUCGGAGCAAGAUGGCGGCGGCGGCGGGGUCCAAGAGGCGCGAGCGGCGGCCUCCGGAACGAGUGUGAGGAGGGGUCCCGGGGUCCCGGGUAGCUCCGGGCCGGGGCCCCGCUGAGGAACGGACCAUGCUACGUUCUACCGGCUUCUUCCGCUCCAUCGAUUGCCCAUACUGGGCAGGAGCACCCGGGGGGCCUUGCCGGCGGCCCUACUGCCACUUCCGGCACCGCGGAGCUCGGGGCCCCGGCAGCGGAGGCGCGGCGUCUCCCGCAGCAGGGCUUGGCUAUGACCCGUACAACCCAGAGCUGCCUCAGCCUCCUGCACAGAGGGAGAAUGGCACUCUGGGCCACGGUGAUGGCAUGCUGGAGCUGGAGCUGGUCAACCAGGCCAUUGAGGCUGUGCGUGGCGAGGUGGAGCUGGAGCAGAGGCGCUACCAGGAGCUCCUGGAGACAGCACGGGGGCACGGCGCCGGGUCUUCAACCCUGGUGCCCUGCAGCCCUGCUAUGAGCCUGGAUGACGAUGACACCUUCUCUCUGGCCCUCACCUAUACACCAGGUGGCCUGCUGAGCCCAGACUCAGGCUAUCAGCCCACCCCACUGGCCGCCCCUGCUGAGCCAGGUCACAAGUACUCACUGGCCCCUUCAGAGAGGGGUCAGAGCAGAGCUGGAGGGGGCACCAGUGCCCUGGAGUAUAUCCCCAAGGCUGUGAGCCAGUCGCGCCACUGUGGCCGACCCGUGUCUGGUGGCAAGUACGUAGUGGACAGCUCAAAGCCAUCCACAGAUCUGGAGUAUGACCCACUGUCCAACUACUCAGCUCGGCACCUUGGCAGGGUCAGUGCCAGGGAUGAGAGAGCUACCAAGCGACCACGAGGCUCCCGGGGUGCUGAGCCCUACACACCUGCCAUUAAGAAGCCCUGUGACCCCUUUGGUGGCUGUGAGGCCAGGUUCUCAGACUCAGAAGACGAUGUGGCCAGCCCACUGAAGGCUGAUGCAGGCAGCCCCAAGGCUGAAGCUGACUCUGAAAGCAAGGCACCUGGGAAACGUGCCUCCGAGGAGGGCAGUCUGCGGGGCACCAAGGAGAUGGCUGUGCAGUAUGACGUGGAAGACCUUGGGCAGCCUCCCAAAGCAGCAGACACAGUGGCCUUGGCCAAGCUUGGCUCCCCAGCCAGGGCAUCUCAAGAGGUUGGGGUCCCCAAGGAUGGCAAAGCCAAGAAGAAGAAAAGUGGGACACUGGCCAGCCUCAGCAACAAGGACAAGGCCCGCAAAAAAGACAAGAAAAAAGACAAGGACCCAAGACGGCCCAGGGAGAAGGAGAAGCUGUGUGCAGACAAGAAGAAAUCACAAGCUGGCAGCCCUCGGGGCAAGACCCAGGGCUCUGAAGGGACCAAGAAAAAGCCAUCCAACACCACCACUGGAGCCAGCUCAGGAAAAGGGGGACCAAGUCACUCCUCCAGUGGAGGGCCACAGCCCCAAGAUUCUGGGCCUGGUCCUCACCCGCCACUGGCCUGUAAAGGUGGCAGCGCUAGGAAGUCAUCAUCAGGGAAGUUAAUGGACCGCAAGACCCGCUCCCUGGAUGAGGGUGCCUCCCAGAGCACCCCUAAGCUCAAGAAACGGGCCCUGAGCCACGCUGAAUUGUUUGGGGAUGAGAGUGAGGAGGAGGAGGACUCGGGCCUGGGGGCCAGGGCACUCCGGGUCUGGCUCCCCACCCUGCCCAACCUCAGCUCAGACUCAGAUUCAGACUCUGACUCCAGCCUGGGCCUGGGGGAAACGCAGGUGCCCAAGCGUCUCAAGGCCGUACCACCCACACCCCCCGUGCCGCCCUCCCCAUUGUCCUCCUCCUCCUCCUCGGGUGCCAGCCAGUGUGCGGAGGAGGAUGUGGACUACUCGGCCCUGGAGAAGGAGGUGGACUUCGAUGCGGACCCCAUGGAGGAGUGCCUGCGGAUCUUCAAUGAGUCCACCAGUGUGAAGGCAGAGGACAAGGGCCGGCUGGCCCGGCAGACCCCCAAGGAGGCAGCCUCGGAGAAGGAGCAUGGCAGCCUGACCACUUUGCUCCCGGGGCAGAAGAGGAGGGUCUCACAUCUCUGCAAGCAAGGCAAGGAGACAGAGGCCUCAAGGAGGGUUCCUGUGGCUCCCCCAGCACGGCCCCCCACUGCUCAGGAGGUGUGCUACCGGCGAGCACAGCAGGCACAGAGGGACUCAGCUAGCUGGCUGCAGGGUGCCCCGAAACCGACGGACAGGCUCUCCACUGUGCAUAUCUCGGCCCCUGGGGAAAAGAGGAGGAUCGCUCACGUACCCAACCCCCGCCUAGCCACUGCCCCAACAGGUGCCAAGAGGGCGCUACCUACCAGCAGCAGCCAGGCGUCCCACGGUCCUGAGCCUGGCAGCCAGCCUCUGAAGACACGCACGUUGUCAGGGAUGGCAUCCAAGACCACCACCACUGUCACCCCUAAGCGCAUCGCCCACAGCCCGUCACUCCAGAGUCUAAAGAAGCCCAUUAUCCCAAAAGAAUUUGGCGGCAAGGUCCCCACUGUGGUCCGCCAGCGCUAUCUCAACCUGUUCAUCGAGGAGUGCCUCAAGUUCUGCUCGUCCAACCAGGAGGCCAUUGAGAAGGCACUGAACGAGGAAAAGGUGGCCUACGAGCGCAGUCCCAGCAAGAACAUAUACCUGAACGUGGCUGUGAACACCCUCAAAAAGCUGCGGGGCUUGGUCCCCAACACCGUGCCCAGCCUCAGCAAAGCCAGUGGCCGCAGGGUUGUGUCCCAUGAGGUGGUGCUGGGGGGCAAAUCGGCAGCCAAGACCAGCUUCUCACUGAGCCGCCCCAGCAGCCUCCGGGUGGAGGAUCUGAAAGGGAGUGCCCUGUACAGCCGUCUCAGGGAAUACCUGCUCACCCAGGAGCAGCUCAAGGAGAAUGGCUAUCCUUUCCCCCACCCAGAGCGCCCAGGGGGCGCCGUCAUCUUCACAGCUGAGGAGAAGAAGCCCAAAGACCCCUCCUGCAGAAUUUGCUGUCGCUGUGGCACCGAGUACCUUGUGUCCUCCUCGGGCCGCUGUGUGCGCAGUGAGGAGUGUCACUACCACUGGGGGCGACUGCGGCGGAACCGAGUGGCUGGGGGCUGGGAGACCCAGUAUAUGUGUUGCUCCGCUGCGGUUGGCUCUGUGGGCUGUCAGGUCGCCAAGCAACACGUGCAGGACGGCCGGAAGGAGAACCUGGAGGGCUUUGUGCGCACCUUCCAGAAGGAGCUACCAGAAGAUUCCCACGCAGGGGUCUUCGCCCUCGACUGUGAGAUGUCCUACACUACAUACGGCCUGGAGCUGACCCGCGUCACAGUCGUGGACACAGACAUGCAGGUCGUGUACGACACCUUUGUCAAGCCUGACAACGAAGUUGUCGACUACAACACCAGGUUCUCAGGGGUGACGGAGGCCGACCUUGUAGACACGAGUAUCACACUGCGGGAUGUGCAGGCCGUCCUGCUGAGCAUGUUCAGUGCUGACACCAUCCUCAUAGGACACAGCCUGGAGAGUGACCUGCUGGCCCUCAAGGUGAUCCAUGGCACGGUGGUGGACACGUCAGUGCUGUUCCCACAACGCCUGGGCCUGCCCUACAAGCGCUCCCUGCGGAACCUCAUGGCCGACUACCUCAGACAGAUCAUCCAAGACAAUGGUGCGGAGCCUGGGUCCAGGGUGGGGGCUGGGGGAACAUACAGAAAGUCAGGACUGUGCUUGCCAUGUCUGCCCUGCAGUGGGUGGGCAUAGCUCCAGCGAGGACGCCAGCGCCUGCAUGCACCUUGUCAUCUGGAAGAUCCGAGAAGACGCCAAGACCAAGCGAUGACUCCCCA